ACCUGAAGAACGUUUUCGAACCGUAAUUAUUUGUUUUUUUUUUCCGCAUUGCCGCCGCAUCCAAACCCAACACUGUGAACAUGGCCUCGGCUGUCCUCGGUCGCCUGCUCCAGCUGUCAGCUGUCAGAAACAGCCCCCUCUCCCCGCUGAGCCCCUCAGCCAUGCCGGGGAGGACCGUGACACCGAGCCGGACAGCCGUGUGCUCCUCAAGCGGCGCCAUUCUGCCCAAACCCAGGAAGGUGGGGACGUGUGGCACCGGGGAGCAGACCCCCUUCGGCCUGAUGCGGAUCGCUCUGGUAGUGAUCCCCUUCUUAUACGUGGGGACUCAAAUCAGCAAGAGCUUUGCGGCGCUGCUGGAGGAGCACGACAUAUUCGUCCCGGAGGACGAUGAUGACGAUGACUGAGGGGCUCAUCAGAUGUUCUGAUCGCUACCUUCUGUCAGCAGCAGCACCACGGUAGAAGAAAUGCCUUCUUUGGGGUCCUGUUGCUGUGACUCUGCUUGCACUUGUUUCAGGGAUUUCACUGUUAUUUUUGGCUGACUCAAAACGGUCACCACAUUUUCAUAUGGUACUUUAUCUGCAUGCACUACAGGUGUCUUAAUAAAAACAUAGCAAGUGUC